CCGCGAGCUGAAUUGGAAAAAUAUUCAAAAAUAUUAAAGUAGAACUAUCAGAAGUACAAAUAAUUACUUUCGUUUCUUAUUUUAUCUUUUGUUUAUUAAAAAAAACGGAAAAUGUUGACUGCUUGGACAAGAUUCGGCACUGCAUGUGCAAAAAUUGGCUGGAAAUUCGGACAACCGGGCGGCUUAAAUGUCCAAGGAGAGCCUACAAAGGUGAAGUACCCAAUGCAGACGCGAUUAUUGCAUACUUCGUUGGGUCUUUCCCAAGCCGACGAUAAAGGAAAGGACGAUAAAGGAAAGGAAGAUGAAUCCUUCUUUAAACCUGAUGUUUGUGAGGACGAUAAGGAAAAGAAGGAAAUUGCGGAGCAUGUUAGUACCAAGUGCGAACCUGAAUCUGAUGAUAAAAAGCCGUCGGGCCAGGACAAAGGCAAAGAUGCAGGAAAAGUGCUCGGAAAGAGAAGCGAGGGUUAUAUUCAUGCCGUCAUUGGACCUGUCAUCGAUGUAUACUUUCCAGGCGAGAUACCCGAUGUUCUCAAUGCCAUGGAGGUUGUAGAUGCACCCGUUGAACAUUUGGUUCUGGAGGUCUUUCAUCAUUUGGGUAACAAUGUGGUACGCAGCGUUGCCAUGGAUUCCACAGAGGGUCUCAGACGUGGCCAGAAAGUCAUCGACACUGGCUACCCCAUUCGUGUUCCCGUUGGAAAAUCCGUAUUGGGUCGCAUUAUCAACGUUGUUGGGGAUCCCAUCGACGAGCGUGGUGAGGUGAAAAGCGAAUUCUACUCUUUCAUCCAUAAUGAUGCCCCAGAGCUGUCGGAGUUGAGUGUUAAGCCCGAGGUACUUGUCACUGGCAUCAAGGUGAUUGAUCUGCUGGCUCCUUAUGUAAAGGGCGGUAAGAUCGGACUCUUUGGUGGUGCCGGCGUGGGCAAGACUGUGUUGAUUAUGGAGUUGAUCAACAACAUUGCCAAGUCCCACGGCGGAUACUCGGUGUUUGUUGGCGCCGGAGAGCGUACUCGCGAGGGUAAUGAUCUGUAUCACGAGAUGAUCGAGAGUAAGGUGAUCUCCCUUGAGGAUGACACUUCAAAGGUUUCCCUCGUCUAUGGUCAGAUGAACGAGCCUCCAGGUGCUCGCAGCCGUGUGGUACUUACCGGAUUGACCAUUGCCGAGUAUUUCCGAGACGUGGACGGACAAGAUGUGCUGCUCUUCAUUGAUAACAUUUUUCGAUUCACUCAAGCGGGCUCAGAGGUGUCGGCUUUACUAGGAAGAAUACCCUCUGCCGUCGGAUAUCAGCCCACUCUCGGUACCGACAUGGGAACUAUGCAGGAGCGGAUUACCAGUACCCGCAACGGCUCCAUCACAUCCGUGCAGGCGGUCUAUGUGCCUGCUGAUGAUUUAACGGAUCCGGCACCAGCUGCGACAUUUGCUCACUUGGAUGCAACCACUGUAUUGUCGCGUCCGAUUGCCGAGCUGGGCAUUUACCCAGCAGUAGAUCCUCUAGAUUCAUCCUCCCGCAUCCUCGACCCGGAAAUCGUCGGCGAAGAGCAUUAUAAUGUGGCCCGUGCCGUGCAGAAGACUUUGCAAGGCUACAAAUCACUGCAAGACAUCAUUGCCAUCCUUGGCAUGGAUGAGCUAUCCGAAGAAGAUAAGCUCACGGUGGCACGGGCUCGGAAAAUGCAGCGUUUCCUCUCCCAGCCAUUCCAAGUUGCCGAGAUUUUUACCGGCCAUCCGGGCAAGAUGGUGCCCGUGGAGAAGUCUGUGGAAGGCUUUAAGCGUUUGCUCAACGGCGAAUAUGACGAUAUACCGGAAAUCGCAUUCUACAUGGUCGGCGAUGUGGAUGAAGUGUUGGCCAAGGCGAAUCAAUUGGCCGCUAACAUGAGUGCGGAGGGAGAAGCCAAGCCGAAACCACCAGCUGCUGAGAAAAAGGAUGAAGGGAAAGAUAAAAAGGAAGGGGAAAAUAAAGCAAAAGAGGAAAAGGAGACAAAGGCCGCAGAUGACAAGGAAAAAGAUAAGCCUAAGCCGGAACCACCCAAAUCGGAGGCUAAAGACGCAAAGGAUGAUUCCUCAAAAGACAAGAAAAAAUAAGGCAAUGUCCGAUUUUGGUCAAAUUAUAUUAACUGGUUGACUAUCUACAAACUGUAUGAAUGUUUACUAUGAUUGUUUAUUAAAGCUACCAUUUAAUACUAUAA